UCUGCUCCUCUGUGCCGCCCAGCUUUCUGUGGUGAUACGAUUUUCAGAUGACAAUUUAAAAAUGAUUUCCCUCGCGUUAAUUUUUCUAAUUUUCUGCACAUCGCCUGCAAUCAAUAACACGUGUGCCUUAGAUUCUCAGCGCAUCGUUAUUUUAAUACUCAGUCAAGGAAAUGCAUUCCAUGUUGCUCAUGCAGAAUUACUGAAAAAAGAUGUAGAGAGACAAGCAAUAGAUAUGGGAGUGACGUCAGUUGAAGUUGUAUUAUCACAUAAAUUGAAUAUUAAUGGGAGUUGGACGAUAGGUCCAUUGCUGCCUCACCUAUCAAAGGAAUAUUCCGAAUCUGAAUGGUUCUUUUUCUGCCUAGAAAAUACAGUAAUUCGAUUGCGACGCCUUUUACAUUUGUUCACAACAUUUAAUACUUCACAGAAUCAAUGGCUCAGCCAUGCUCUUUAUGACAAAGAUCCUACAAUUAUUCACCACUUUGCAGAACAAUCUAAGAAAUUUAAGUAUCCAAAUGUUGCAUCAGGAUUUGCUAUAACGGCACCACUUUUAAAAAGUUUAGCAGAAAGAGUUUACAAAGGUGAAGGACCAAGUGGUGAUUUUACCAUAGAUGUGUCUUAUGAAUUUGCAACCUUUGUCUUUGACGAAGGUCGAGGUGUACGUUUAAAGCACGUUCCUGAAUUCUGUGUAGUUUCCAGUGAAGAUUGUGCCACGUAUCCACGAUUUUUUCACCCAUGCAGUGAAUCGAUAUCUCCAGAGAAUGUCUUUAUCGCUGUUAAAACCUGCCAUAAGUACCACAAUGAUAGGAUUCCAGUUAUUCUCAGAACAUGGGCUAAAUAUGCAAGUAAUAUAGGAUUCUUCACCAAUGAAGCAGAUAAAAACCUAUCCAAUGCCUACAUUGUACCAAACACCGAUCACGGACAUUGUGCAAAGUCGCAUUCCAUCUUAAGAAUUGCCAAUGAUCUAAUGCAGAAGAAGAGCUUUGACUGGUUAAUUAUUAGCGAUGAUGACACUAUUUUCAGCUUCUCAAGACUUCUACGUCUUCUAACAUGUUAUAAUCCUUCAGAGGCUAUAGCAUUGGGUGAACGAUACGGAUUUCGAGUUUGGAAUAAUAAUUACUUAACAGGAGGGUACGAUUAUUUAACUGGAGGAGCUGGAUUGGCAUUAUCAGCGACAUUGGUUCAACGGCUGGUUCAACCACAAAUCUGUGAUUGUCCUUCACCAUCUACUCCAGAUGAUAUGUAUCUAUUCGGAGCGUGUUUCCCUCGAGUUGGUGUACUACCUACUCAUUCACCUUUAUUUCACCAGGCUAGACCCAUUGACUAUGCCACAGCAUAUCUUGCCUCGCAGGAACCAAUCUCGUUUCACAAAUUCUGGAUGAUCGAUCCAGAUAAAGUAUAUGAAGAAUGGUUUGCUGAAUCUGACAGGUCAUUUUUUAGCAAAACAGCGCACAUAGAAUUGUGAUCGAACAUCCAUUGAUGUUUUUUAAUCAUUGCU